UUCGCCCUAUCAGACCCUGCAGGUGCUGGUGCACGGGGAGGGGCCCGACGUGACCCCCGUGAAGGUGUUGAACUGCGACACCAUCACCCAGGUGAAGGAGAAGAUCAUCGACCAAGUGUACAGGAACCAGCCCUACUCACUGAGACCCAAGUCGGACAGCGUAGCACUGGAGUGGCGUCCGGGCUCCACCGGGCAGAUCCUGUCCGACCUGGACCUGACGUCCCAGAAGGAGGGCCGCUGGAAGAGGCUCAACACGCUGGCCCACUACAACGUGAGGGACAACGCCACGCUGGUGCUGUCCCGUGUCCUGCACACGCAGUCCUUCCACCAGAACCAGGACAGCUACGAAGAGAAGAACGCCCUGCUGGAGGAGGACAACACGUUCCACCUGGUGCGGCCGGCGGACGAGAUGGACGAGGGCCGCUCCAAGAGGGGCAGCAUGAAGCACAAGGCCACCAACAAGGCCAUCACGGAGAUAUACCUCACCAGGCUGCUCUCCGUCAAGGGCACGCUGCAGGUGUUCGUGGACGACUUCUUCAGCAGUGUGCUGAGCGCCGACCUGGCCGUGCCGCCCGCCGUCAAGUACUUCUUCGACUUCCUGGACGAGCAGGCGCAUCGCCAUGACAACGUGGACGAGGAGACGCUGCACAUCUGGAAGACCCACAGCCUGCCCCUGAGGUUCUGGGUGAACAUCCUGAAGAACCCAGAGUUCAUCUUCGACGUGCACGUGACGGAGGUGGUGGACGCCUCGCUGCACGUCAUCGGACAGACCUUCAUGGACGCCUGCACCAAGACGGAGCACAAGCUGAGCCGGGACUCCCCCAGCAACAAGCUGCUUUACGCCAAGGAGAUUUCGACGUAUAAGAAGAUGGUGGACGACUACUACAAGGGCAUCCGACAGAUGGUUCCUGUCAGCGACCAGGACAUGAACACCCACCUCGCCGAAGUGUCAAGGCAACACACGGACAAGCUGAACACCCAGGUGGCCCUCCACCAGCUGUACCAGUACGCCAGCAAGUACUACGAUGGGAUCAUCCAGUCGCUGGACGAGGACCCGGCGGCUCAGAGCAAACAGCUGACCCUGCGGCUACAGCAGAUUGCCGCCGCACUCGAGAAUAAGGUCACUGACCUUUAACCCCUCUGUGAA